AUGUUCAAAUUCGUAGCUAUUUUUGCUUUGGUCGCUUAUACAUCAGCAUCACCAAUUGUAGCCACUCCUUAUGGAUUAGCUGCACCAGUUGGCGUUGCACCCGUCGGUUAUGGUUACUCAAAAGUUGUUGCUGCCCCAGCAGUCGUUAAGACCGUCGAAUUUGAUGCUAACCCAAACUACUCAUUCACAUACUCAGUCAAUGAUGCCUCAACUGGAGAUGUUAAAUCACAAUCAGAAUCACGUAAUGGUGAUGUAGUUACUGGACAAUACUCAUUCAUUGAAGCUGAUGGUACAAGACGUAUUGUAGACUACACAGCCAGUGAUGCUAAUGGAUUCAACGCUGUUGUUCGCAAAGAAGGUGCUGUUGCCAAGGUUGUUGCUCCAAUUGCAAAGGUUAUCGCUCCAGUUGCUGCCGCCUAUCAUGCUCCAAUCUAUCACGCCCCAAUUGCUGCUCCAGUCAUCGCCAAGCCAUUCUACGGUUAAAUUAUAAUAAAAAAUAAAUUUUGAUGAUAACUUGAAAACAUUUUUGCUGAAGAUUUAAUGGAUAAUGAGAUAGACAUGCAUUUUAUAAUGCAGUGAUGAUCACAAACACACAAAAUUUUACACAAAUUAAGCUGUUUUUAAAAAAAAG